CGCAACACUUUCUCCUUUAGGGUGGUGUAUUCAUGGUAAAAUUCGUGUGUCGGGAGCGACGCGCGGGGCGAGCGCUGGGCCGGUUCACUGCACGCUGCUGGUGGGCGCGCCGCCGAUGACGGAACAGCGCGCGCUGCAGGACUUGCAUGAAGAGGUACGACGCGCGUUCGAGCUGGACUCCGUAGGAGUGGCAGGUAAGCCUCGCCAGAAUAAGGACGACGUUAGGGCUGUCGAACACCUUAAGCGUACCGCUCAACUCAUUAAUGGAAGGUGGCGCGUGGGCUUACCAUGGAAGGAUCCAGACUGCUCGAUGCCUGACACUCUGCCGCAUGCACUAAAAAGGCUAAAAGGAGUCGAGCGUAAGAUGGCCAGGGACUCUGAAUAUGCGAACAGGUAUGCCGAGCGAGUACAACAUUUAUUUUCUAAUAAUUUUGCCAGGGAACUAAUGGACACUCAGCGCACGCCAAAGACAUUUCAUUUGGCUCACUUUGGCGUGGACAACCCUAAUAAAAAAAAGUUAAGGCUGGUCUUUGACGCCGCAGAUAGUUCCGCGGGUUCGUGUUUAAACGACUAUCUGCUCAAGGGUCCGGAUCUACUGACGUCACUAUGGGGAAUCAUGCUGCGCUUUAGGGAAAAUCGUAUCGCAGUAUCCGGAGACAUAAAAGAUAUGUUUCUACGCAUCCAGAUCCACCCACAAGAUCAAGACGCCCUGAGGUUUCUUUGGCGGGACAACCCUGCGGAACCCGUCAAAACGUACGUAAUGACAUCCCUAAUAUUCGGUGCAAAAUGCUCGCCGUUUGUCGCGCAGUUCAUUAAAAAUAAAAAUGCGCUGCGCCACGAGCACACCGAGCCGGCUGCAGUUGACGCGAUCUGCAACUCUCACUACGCAGACGACUACAUUCAGAGUUUGCCAGACGAGGAGACAGCAAUAAAAAUGGUAAGUACAAUAUCAAAGAUACACGCAGAAGGUGGGUUCGAGAUCCGCAAUUGGACGAGCAAUAGUACAUCUGUGCUCGACAGCGUGCCAAAUGAAACCCUCGGUACUGCUGCUGUAAAGUUUAAAAUGGAUCAGCAGUUCGAGGGCGAGCGGACGCUCGGACUCAUCUGGUUCCCGGCCACGGACGAGUUAGGGUUCGACGUAUCGCUUAAACGUAUCCCUGAGCAGAUUGUUUUAGGCCACCAAAGGCCUACUAAAAGGAUUAUGUUAAAAGUAGUCAUGUCUAUUUUUGAUGUAUUUGGAUUUUUGGCGCCUUUUACUAUACAGGGUAAAAUCAUGCUCCAGGAUACGUGGCGAUCGGCCACUGGCUGGGAUGAUGAAAUUCCCGACGAUAUCUACACUAGGUGGGUAAAGUGGCUCGAUUUAUUACAAUUAAUAGGUCGCAUGCGCAUACCUAGAUGGUAUCAGAAAGCGUCCAUAUGUGCGAGCGAGACGGAGCGAGGCUCACCCGCUGCGAACAAUACCGGUGCUACGACGAGCGCUACGGCUGCUACGCCUCCCGCUACGCCGCACUCCGGGCCGAAAUCGACUACGAGCGCGAUCGCUGCAAGUGUAAGUAUUAUAAAUAAUUAUAAUAACUUGCAACUGCAUUUGUUUUCGGAUUCAUCUUCAAAGGCUAUGUGUGCUGUAGCAUAUUGGAGAUGGGAAACAAAUGGGCAGAUAUAUGUAGCCUUUGUUGCCAGUAAAUGCAAGGUCACACCUGUUAAGCCGUUGACCAUAAACAGAUGUGAACUUCAAGGCGCAUUACUGGCAGCGAGAUUGGCCGACAGCGUGCUGCGCGAACAUAAGGUAACUACAGCGCAACGGUACUUCUGGUGCGACUCGGCGUGUGUUUUGCAUUGGCUCCGGAAUGAUACUCGCAGCUACAAUAUAUUCAUUGCAAACCGGUUGGGCGAAAUAGACGAGUUAUCGCGCGUCAAUGAAUGGCGUUAUAUACCUACGAAGUUAAACAUCGCUGAUGUAGCUACAAGAGAGGUUUACGAUGACUCCAUAUUUAAGAACGAGUGGCUUUAUGGUCCGGAGUUUCUUCACGCCGACGAAUCGCAAUGGCCGAGUGAUACGGUGAGCCCUGAAAUAAAUGAACUUACUUUAGAGUAUAUUAAUAUAGUUCAUAGUGCAAGGGAUGACUUACCUGUGCCGGACGUCACGCGAUUCUCUUCAUGGCUGCGCUUGCAGAGGGCGACGGCAGCUGUUUUAAAAUUUAUUGAGAGGUGCAAACAUCGUUCUGCGGACAUUGACUGCGCGCUGAUGGCGCGAGCCGAGCAACUGCUGCUAAAACAAGCGCAGCAGGAGUCAUUCGGUGACGACAUAGCCGCCAUAAGGAAUGGCAACAUUUUGGACCGCAGCAGUAAACUCCGUCAUUUAUCGCCGUUUUUAGAUGAAAAUGGACUUCUCCGAUGCAGUGGCCGUAUAGAUGCCGCAGCAGAUGUUGCGCUGGAAACAAAGAGGCCUAUUAUACUCGACGGUAAGCAUGCGGUGUCUAGACUGCUGGUCAGAAGUUAUCACGAGAAGGCCGCGCAUGGAAACCACGAGGGACUCGUGAAUGACCUGAAACAAAAAUACUGGUUAUUUAAACUACGUCCUACAGUGAAAUCUGUAGUAGCCGGUUGUAUGUUCUGUCGCAUUAAGAAGGCAAAACCGGAGGUACCUAGAAUGGGAAACUUACCGGAGGCACGCCUUGCGCAUCACCAGCGUCCCUUCACGUACUGUGGCCUUGACCUGUUCGGGCCGAUGGAGGUAACAGUCGGGAGGCGCCACGAACUGAGAUACGGCGUACUAUUCACUUGUCUUACGCUGCGGGCGAUACACCUGGAACUUGUUCAUUCACUUACCUCGGACUCGCUGAUCAUGGCUCUUCGGCGUAUGGCGGCGAGACGUGGGUGGCCUAAGUGCCUAUUCAGUGACAAUGGGACAAACUUACGCGGCGCUGACACGGAGUUAAAAAGAUCACUGCAGGAACUGGAUGAAGAGGACCUGAAAAAUAGAGGUGUUAAUUACGGAGUACAAUGGACUUUUAUUCCCCCCGCCAGCCCACACUGGGGUGGGGCGUGGGAACGUCUGAUCAGGAGCGUGAAGACGUCGUUAAAGGUAAUCCUGAAGGAGCGCGCCCCUAGAGACGAGGUACUUUCCACAUUGAUGACCGAGGUGGAGAACAUGGUGAAUGGGCGUCCGCUAACCCAUGUGUCUGUGGAGCCUGGCAGCGCUGAGACGCUUACACCUAAUCAUUUUCUGAUUAUGGGGCAAGCGUCAAACUUACCUGUCGUAGGGAGCUUCGAUGACUCCGAUCUCUUUUCUCGAAAGCAGUGGCGUAAGUCUCAAAGGCUCGCCGACAUGUACUGGACACGGUGGGUCAAGGAGAUUUUGCCAGACCUCAUACCGAGAACCAAAUGGACCCAAGAGCAAAAGCCACUACAGGUAGGUGAUUUUGUUCUCAUUGUAGAUCCAGCUGCGCAGAGGAACGUGUGGAUGAAAGGCGUCAUCCAGCAAGUCUACCCUGGCAGAGACGGCCGCAUAAGGGUGGUCGAGGUAAAAACUAAGUCUGGAACCUUGAAACGUUCUGCUUCGCGCGUCGCUCGUAUUCCAGUAGGUAUUGAGUGCUGA